UCUUACCCCGCGGCUACCGCCGUAAUCGGAAAGCUGGCUUCCAAAUCGACGCAGCAGCGACUAAGCCUGAUUUCCAGACACCUGGAUCAGCGCCUGCCGUUGCCGGAGCUUAAUACUCCCUUUUCGACCGAAAGAAACUCAGUCGCUCCUGACGACAUUGAAUAUAAACCCGUCGAUCGCUCGACCCCACCAUCUUCCCCUCCUCAACCUACUCCCAAUAUGUCUAUUCAAGCAGCUCAUAACACCCUUCUUAUCCCGGGCCCCAUCGAGUUCGAUGAUGCCGUGCUCGAGUCUAUGGGCCACUAUGCUGAGAGCCAUGUUGCUCCUGGCUUUGUCAAGGUCUUCGGCGAGACUUUGACCCUCCUGCGCAAGCUGUUUCAGUCUACGAACCCUACCGCUCAACCCUUCAUCAUCGCUGGUAGUGGCACCCUUGGUUGGGACCUUGUUUCUGCCAACCUGAUUGAGCGUGGAGAGAACGCACUCGUUCUCAAUACCGGCUACUUUGGCGAUUCCUUCGGUGCAUGCCUCGAGACAUAUGGUGCCCAAGUGACCCAGCUCCGUGCACCCAUUGGUGAACGCUCCUCUUUGGAGCAGGUCGAGGCCGCUCUGAAGCAGAAGCCAUACGCACUGGUCACUAUCACUCACGUCGACACCUCAACUGGUGUGCUGAACGACAUCAAGGGUAUUGCCCAGCUCGUCCGCCGCAUCAGCCCCGAGACCCUGGUUAUUGUCGACGGUGUGUGCAGUGUCGGAUCGGAGGAGAUUGUCUUUGAUGAGUGGGACCUGGAUGUGGUCGUCACUGCAAGCCAGAAGGCCAUCGGCUGCCCUCCUGGUCUUAGUAUUGUCAUGACCUCCGGUCGUGCCAUCGAACGUGUCAAGUCCCGCCAGACCCCUCCCGGAUCCUACUAUGCCUCCAUCAAGAACUGGCUCCCCAUCAUGCAGAACUACGAGAACAACAAACCCUCGUACUUUGCCACUCCUCCUACUCAGUUAAUUCAUGCUUUGCACACCACCUUGACCCAGAUUACUGCCCGUCCCAUCUCUGAAAGAUUCGCUAUUCACACCGAGGUCUCCAAUAACGUCAAGUCUGCCAUUGCAGAGCUUGGUCUGUCCCAGCUUGCGCCCAGCCCUGACUCUCAGGCGCACGGUAUGACUGCAAUCUACCUACCCGAGGGUCUUACCCCGCCGGACAUCCUUCCUGGUCUGUUGAAGCGCGGUGUUAUCUUCGCAGCUGGCCUGCACAAGGAGAUCGCCACUAGAUAUAUCCGUUUCGGUCACAUGGGUGUCAGUGUUACUGAUCUCAACCGCGACCACAUCCAAAAGGCUCUGACAAGCUUGAAGGAAGCUCUUGAGGAGGCUAAGAAAGCCAAGGGGCUUUAA